UUUGCGAGCCAACUAUCUGACAGGAACAAAAAGCAUGAAGCUAGCUUGCUAGCUAGCCAUCUUGUGUUGGCUAGCAAGCGUUAUCAUUUGUAUCACAACUGAUUGUUUUACUUAAUUUUUUAGAUUCCUAGCUUUAUGUUCUCCUUUGUAUCUCCGGCCAGCAACCCGGAAAGAUGCCACAGAAAACACUGGGAUCCAUUGUGGGUCUGCUGUGCACAGGGACUUGUCUGGUGCAGGGAAAGGAGUUCUGCUUUGGGGUGAACAAUGAGCAGUAUGGCUGUAAAAUGGGGUACUGCUGUGGAGAGACGGAGUGCUGUACCUAUUACUACGAGCUGUGGUGGUUCUGGCUGGUGUGGACCCUCAUCAUCUUGCUGAGCUGCUGCUGCGCAUACCGGCACCGGCGUGUUAAGAUGCGCCUACAGCAGGAGCAACGGCAGCGCGAGAUCAGCCUCAUGGCCUAUCAGGGAGCCUCCAGCUCCUUCAUCACCGCCCCGCCCUUCAACCUGAGGAUCUGGGCAGACUGCAAGCUCCCGGACUAUGAAGAGGUGGUUGGCCACCCUCCAACUCCACCCCCGCCUUAUUCGGAGACCCCGCCCGAGGCUACACCCCCUGUCCCUCUGCCCUCUGCCUGUACAGAGGCUGCCGUGGUGCUGGAGCCCCCUGUGGAGGCGGGGCUGGGCGUGGAGCAGGCUGCUGAUUCGCUGGAGGUAGCGGAGGGCUCGGCAGCCCCCAGCCAAUCAGAGGCGGGGGAGGAGGAGCCCGGAGCGCCUUCUACGGAGGAGCAGUGGACCCGGCGCAGGCAUGUGACGGGCGACUCGGGGAUCGAGGUGUGCGUGUGCCAGCUGGAUGCAGACGAGGAGGAGGAGGAAGAGUGUCUGUGCCAGGGGGCCAGGGGGGACUGCCGCUCCCAGCGCCACACCGACAGACACAAGGAGCGCACCCCCGAAACCCAGCCCCAUCCCCAGCCCCGGUCCGCCCACAACAGCAGCGGAGAUGACCUGGUGUGA